UUUGUGUGCAAUACAGAUACUUGAGGAAGAGAAAGUUCACCACUUGUUGACUAUAGGUUCUACGUCAAAGAGCAACAUCCAUGAAGCAAGAUUACACUGAGAUGCAGUCUACUAGCCAAUCAGUUUCUGAAUUGAAAGAUUUUGUUAAAAAACCCAACUCGUUGCCUGAAAUGACAAGGCAUAUUAAUCUUGCUCAGCAUUUGACUAAAUUUACAUCUAAACCUUCAUUUCUUGGGCGGCUUGAUAUGGAACACACUAUUGUGGAGUCUGAAAGUUAUGAUAUAUGCAUGGAGUACAUUGAAGAGAUGAUCCAUAAGCAGGAACCUCUUCUCAAUGUUCUACGCCUUCUCAUCUUAUUUUCAAUCACAAAUUCUGGAUUACCAAAAAGGAAUUUUGACUAUUUAAGGCGGGAGUUACUUCACAGCUAUGGUUUUGAGCACAUGGCAACCUUGAAUAAUUUGGAAAAAGCGGGAUUGGAAAAACCUUGAUGUAAUACCGACUUCUGUUACCCACUGUUAUUUAUUCUUUUUAUGAUAUAUUCUCAUUUCAUUA